AUGCCCGCCUAUGAUGAGAGGUUGUCCUUAGGCCAAGGCUCAACAAAAGACUACCAUGUCAAACAUGUUGAGCAGGUUGAUGAGUUCACCCCUGAGGAACAAUGCAGCAUUGUUCGUCGCAUCGAUAGACGACUUAUCGUGAUGCUUGGAUUCCUCCAUACAGUUGCUCUAAUCGAUCGUGGAAACUUGGGAACGGCUGCUGUUUCAGGAAUGAAGGAGGAGCUACACUUGGUCGGAACACAAUACAGCACUAUCGCCGUCGUCUUCUUUCCACCAUACAUAGUUCUGCAGCCCCUUGGACCGGUGUUAAUUCGAACCAUCGGCCCCAUCCCAUACCUCACUGGCGUUUGCUUCAUUUGGGGAGUCGUCAUGUCGCAGCUAUCCGCAGGGUUCGUGAGGAACUGGACACAGAUGGUAGGAAUUAGAAUUAUCAUCGGAGCUCUGGAAGCCGGGUUUUUCCCAGCAUCGGUAUACCUCAUCGGGACCUGGUAUACCCGGUACGAGAUCCAGAAGAGAUACGCUGUAUUUUACCUUCUUGGAUGCGUAGCUGCAGCUUUCACUGGCAUCCUGAGCUAUGGAAUCUCCCACAUGGGUGGGCUUGGAGGUCUUGGAUCUUGGAGGUGGAUUUUUGUUAUUCAAGGCUUGAUCACCUGCGUCAUAGCUACUAUUGGUGGUUUUGUCCUUGUCGACUUUCCGGACAAAAUGAAGAAUAGCAAACGCAAAUUUCUUGAACCAAGGGAAUAUGAUCUGAUCCUGCAGCGGAUUGAAAGGGACCGCUCAGAUACAGUUGUCGAGCCCUUCAAUUGGCGGCAAUAUCUCGCAGCAGGUCUCGAUCUAAACAUAUGGGCCUUCGGAUUCAUAUACUUUUCCACAACUACCACCGCAUAUGCAAUCUCAUAUUUCCUACCCUUGAUCUAUCGCGAAGGCAUGGGGUUCUCCAUGGGGGUUUCUCUCUGUUUAUUUGCACCACCGUACGCUGCGGCGGGAAUAAUCAUGUUCGUCACGUCCUAUAUCGGAGAUCGAUGCCGCAUCCGAGGCCCGAUCUUGGUCUUCAACGCAGUCCUGACCUUGAUUGGGUUACCACUGAUGGGCUUUGCCAAAGAAAAUGGACCACGAUUAGUGGGCUGUUUUCUCACUACUAUGGGCGCAAACUCCAACGUCCCUGCCGCAAUGGCAUACCAAGCCCAGGCAAACAAUGUCCGGGGACAAUGGAAACGGGCUAUUUGCAGUGCGAUAUUCGUUGGCCUAGGAGCCUCUGGCGGAAUGACAGGUUCACUGGUCUUUCGAGAGCAGGAUGCCCCGACGUACCAACCGGGGAUCUGUACUUGCAUUGGUUUGACCGGCUUAAUAAUAGUACUGGUCGUGCUCCUUUCUAUACGCCUGCACUCGCGGAACCGUCGGGCAAGCCGUGGGGAGAUAGUGAUUGGAAGCCUGGAGGGCUUCAGGUACACAUUGUAA